UAUAUUUUUCACGUAAAUAUUAGAAAAUGCAUCGAAUACCACUUUUAAUUUCUACUCCAUCCAUACUUUGGGAACGGAAUCUACCGGAAUGGAUUUUAUUUGAAAGGACUCUCAACAAGCCCAACGUAGAGGAAACAAAUGCGUUCCUUUCUAUAUUGGAUUCAGAAGCUGAAUUUUACAAAAGUAAUUGUUACAGAAUGGGCGAAGACAUGUUUUCGACAGCUCAACAAUAUCUAAAGGAUAACAAUUCCAACUCUUUAGAAGAGGCAAUUUUCUAUAUUAACUACAUUAUAAUUCGGACACCAAAGGACUCUCCUGUUUUGGCAAGUGCUCUUAAGAUUCGAGGAAAUUUAAGUUAUCAUGAUUGUACUUUCGAGAAGUCUUCUAAGGAUUAUGAAAUGUACUUGGAAGUCUAUAAAGAGAUAAAAACACCGCAUGAAGAAGUUUGUGAAGUAUAUGGUCACCUGGUUGUGUGUAUGUACAUGAUGAGACAACUUUUAAAAGCUAAAAAGUACUUCAGAUCCUAUAAAAAGUAUAAAGCUAAGUUAUUGCCAGAUAUUUUACAAAAAUCUACUUUUGUGAAAAUUGAGAAUUAUAUAAAACAGUUUAUAGAUGAAAUCGAGGAUGUUGAAAACGUUGUACCAAAAUUUUUAGAAGUCAAAUGCAGAGGUAUACCGUAUAAAGGAUUUUCUUCAGUCGCCGAAAUACAAGCCGCAUCUACAAUGUGUUUCUAUUACAAUAAUGGCAUCUAUGUCAAGGAUGAUAUUCCUAAAGCAUCAGUAAUGUUCGUAGAAGAUCCCAUUUUGCAGUCUUUGAAUAUUCCGUACUUGGAGUGCGAAGUUUGUUACAAGCAGUCUCAAAAUCAAAUUUACUCUUGUUUGGAGUGUCGAUAUAAAACUUACUGUUCGUUGCAUUGUUUGGAAAGGGACAGAGCCGCGCACAGAGAUGAGUGUGUAGGCUAUAAGCAAUUAACUAUACUUGCGCUGGACGCGAGUAGUAAUUUCCGCUUAUUUGUACGAAUUUCUAAUCAACUACACGAACACAUUUUUAAGCCCCAAGUAUUUCGGAAACUAAAAACCGCUGAAGAGGUUUGGGAUAAAGUGCUGGAAUUGCUGAAGAAUGUACAAGGGUCAGGCAUUACUGAUCUGGCAUUGCUUAAGAUGAAACCAGGCUAUUUUCGUUUAUCCGAGAUGCAAUACUCUACCCUAGUGGCGACAUCAUUUCGUUUGACUUUGUUCAUUGAAAAGAAAACCGAUUUGAUUGAGAGAUAUUACAAGAUACUUCGUAUUUCAAACAAGCAAAAAUUAAUCCUAAUUGGUUCGAUACUGAUGAGAAUACACUGCAAUAUUCUACUCAAUUCAUUUGAUUUUGAAAUAACCAAAACUGUAAAUAACGAUAAAACAAAGAAUACGCUACCUCUUUAUAUGAGUAUUAAGGAAAUCGAAGAAAUGAUGAAAACCAUCAAGAGACGAGAGUAUUUUGUGAAAAGCGUUGAUAAAUUCUAUGGCAUUGAUGCAAAUAGAGAUAUAGAGCAACGAUCUGCACAAAUAAUUAAUUCAAAGAAAUCGAUAAAAGAAAUGUCUGUAUCUCAUCUAACAGUUCUAAGGCAUGUAAUGCCCUGCAAACGUAUACACCGCAUUCUGUCAACAUACAAGGACAACAUCUCUGAGCUGUACUUCCAAUCCGAACUAAUGCAUAGCAUUAUUUAUGGCGAGGCUGCUAGUCAACCCACUUCGAGCGUUUCAGCGAAAAUACUUUGUAGUCGUAUUGCUGAUAUGUCAGACAUAGAUCGUUGUAUGUUCGUCAAAAGAUUUGCCCGAUUAUUUCACAUUCACUAUGCUGAGUAUUUUCUUCAAAUGUUCAAUCGAGAUGAAGAAAUACAACAGGUUUUAACACUCUAUUGUCCCACACUGCGUAAAUUUAAACAUUCUUGUGAGCCAAACGUAGAAGUUAUAGUAUUGGAUAAUGGAGCUGUAAUAGGGAAAUCAUUAAGAACAAUCAAAAAAGGCGAACAACUUUAUGUGUCAUACAAAGCCAACUACAUGCGUCAUGCUAGAGUGGAGAGGCAACAGUUCAUUAAACGAUUCGAUGUAUACUGCAAAUGUGAAUAUUGUAAAAAAGAUGAUAUUGAAGAACCGACUAAUUUACGUCUUGGUAUUUAUUGUGAAUCGUGCAAAGGUGUUCAAAUCACACCUAGUCAAGGUGUUUGUCCUUUGUGUAAAACGCAAUUCAAUAAUCUAUUUAAUAAAUACCGAACGAUAAUCUAUAUUUUGGAAAAUGAAUUGAAAUUCGAGUUAAACCCCUGUGAAUCGACAGAACGGGAUAUUUACAUAUUACAUUUAAUUUUAUAUACAUAUUCUAAACUGUAUUUUGUCCCCCAAAAUGAACUUCGCAUUGCAAUAGAAUUGAGAAUGGCGUACUUCUUCGCCAUACAAAACUUUGCAAAGCAAUCGUAUAACUUAAUAAAAGAAAUACACAACAAUAUUUUAAAAACCUAUGACGAACAAUUAGUAUGGUUUACGUUUUAUGCCGAAAUUUUACUAAUAAUAAAAAUUAUAAUGUGGAAUAAUUUGGAAGAAAAGCUACUUUCGUUACCAACAGCAGAUUUAUAUGAUUUAUGUACACUCGGUUUACAUAUUGCCACUGGUCAAAAAGAUUAUAUAGACUUUUAUGAACUAUUUGAUUCCGAAUGUUCGAAUGUUUUAGAUGACAUUAAAGUAUUGCUGAAAUGGAAAGACAAGAUUAUAUGUAAUGAAUUUUUGCCUUUGGCAAAUUUUUUAAGUAUGCCCGAUCAAAAAAUUCAAUAGCUCAU